CCCCCACCAAUCUCCUUUCCCCGUCUGUGCACGUACCUUUUUCUCUUUUUUUUUCUUGGACCUGCCUCUCUUCUCGGCUUAUGGGCUAGUCUCGUCCAAUCUGCUUCAGCCUUGCACGCCUUCGCCCUGACAACAGUCUGUUCGCGCCGGCAAGGCUGAGAAAGGGUCUCUCGCUCGGUCCUAGCACCGGCAAUCAUCGAAUACGCAUCCCGCCCGAAGCCAUUGAACUGAGCCUCGGGCUUUUUAUCCUUUCUCUUGGUUCGCUCGCACGCCGUGUUCGGCAGUCCCGGCCCCAUGUCGCCGACGACGCCAACGGACUUUGCCUCUCUCCCCCCGCCCCUUACCCGCUCCUCCACCGUUCCGGUAGGCUCCAGCACCGGCGGCACCAACACUACCAAUAACAGCAACACCAACAUCACCCGCCAAGACCCUUCUCGCCUCGCUCCCGAAGAUGCUUUCUUGGCCACCUCGCCGCCGCGCCGACCCAUCCCUUCCUUUCCCGAUGCCUCCGCCGCGCCCGACCACCACCGCGCCCACCGCGCCCACCGCGCCCACCUCCGGCACAGCACCGUCGGCGACCGCUCCCGCUCCCGCCGCACGCGCAAGCGCACCUGGAAGAAGUUGAUGUGGGUGAAGCAGAGCUACCCGGACAACUACACCGACCAGGAUACCUUCCUCGAGAGCCUGCAACGCAACCCCCGCCUGCAGCCCUACGACUUCUGGCCCCUGGUCGCCGACUCCACCGUCAUCGUCCAGCACGUCUGCUCCGUCAUCAUCUUCAUCGUCUGCUUCGUUCUCAUACAGAAGCAGCGCGUGCCGCCCACCUCGGUCGUGUCCUUCAGCAGCCUGGCAACCUUCCUCGGUUGGCUGCUGUGGGAGCGCUGGGAGGCCGACGAGGAGCGCAAGGAGCUCGGCCGCUUGGCCGGCGGUGCCACCGUCGCCGGCCGGAGGGAACCGAGCCGGAGGACGAGCAGCAUGCGACGCCCGCCGUCGCACGCCGACGACACCUCGGCAGCAACGACUGCCGCCAGCUCCCUCACAAACCUUUCCUCCGCCGCCACCACCGCUGCUCCCGAGCGCCCGACGCGACACUCCCACUCCGCCUCGGCGAGCUCACUCAUCUCCACGACCUCGGCGACCUCGCAGUCCGCCUACCGCCGCCACAGCCAGGAAAUCAUGAACCAGGCCCCUCCCCGCCGCUCCUCCUUCCCCCUCCCGGGCGACGACAACAGCCGGCUGAACCAGCGCCUCAGCACCGUCAAGAGCGCCAUCCUCAUCUACUCGACGCUCCUCGGCCUCUCGCCCAUCCUCAAGUCCCUGACCAAGUCGACCUCCCCCGACAGCAUCUGGGCCAUGUCCUUCUGGCUGCUGACCAUCAACAUCUUCUUCUUCGACUACUCGGGCGGCGUCCGCGUCAACAUCCCCGCCUCGCUGUCGACCAACGCCGCCCUCAUGGCCUCGACCGUGCUCGCCAGCCGCCUGCCCUCCACCGGCCAGGUCUUCAGCCUCACCCUCUUCAGCAUCGAGGUGUUCGGCCUGUUCCCCGUCUUCCGGCGCUACGCGCGGCACCGGAGCUCGGGCUACAACUACGCCAUGACGGCGCUCCUCGUCCUCGGCGCCGGCGCCGGCGUGGGCGUCAUCGUGGGCGACGACGGCGGGGUCGCCGCUACCGCCGCCACCGCCGCCGGGUGGCCGUGGAAGAGCGCCGUCGCCGGCAUGGUCGUCAGCGUGCUCAUCUCGGCCGUCGCCAUGGGCGGGUGCAGCUGGUGGCUCAUCGGCCUGCAGAAGUACAAGAACGAGAUCUACGGGCCGUGGGACCCGGCGAGGCCCAUCAUCAUGAGCCGGCGGCUCUGGGAGGACGGCUGAUGGUGGAGAUACGGGUGGAGGGGGAUGGCCCCCUUUUCCCUUUCUGAUGUUGAGUUACUUAGACAUGAAUUCAGAGCCAUGGGUAUAUUAUACGAACAACCCGAAACUAAUGCUUCGACUGCGACGAUGUAACUCGUCUGAUGGCCUGUCUGGUGACAUGUUCUUUAAUCCAUCUAUCUCAUAAUCCAUCCC